AUGCGCAUGCAAAUCGCUCUCUCCUUGGUCGCAGCAGCUGCUGUCCAGCUCGUCGCCGCGGGUGACUUCUCAAAGACAUGCAACAGCAUGUCGUACUUCUCCACCACCCUCAGCGCAAAGUGCACAAACACCGACUACGAGCCCUACGACGAGUCCACCGAUAUCGACCUGACGAGAUGUCUGGCAAACGUUGGAGGCCAGGUUGUCUGCCGUCCCGGUAGCCCUUCUUUCAAGUUCUGCGACUGCGGUCUCGCCGGGGACAAGAAGACCUUGAACUGUCGUUGCACCGAUUCCACCGGAACCAAGAAGGCAUCUUCGUUGAACCUCGACACCUGUUUGAGCAACAGCAACGGCAGCCUGAGGUGUUAG